AUGUCUCACGAAGCAGAAGAGGAUUUAUUGGAGUAUUCCGAUAACGAACAAGAAGUUCAAGUUGACAACAAGGCCACUGAAGUGAAUGCCGAGGGUAACGGUGAGAGCCAAGCAAAGGAUUCUGAUAAGAAAGGUUCUUAUGUUGGUAUUCACUCCACUGGUUUCAAGGAUUUCUUGUUGAAGCCAGAAUUGUCCAGAGCUAUCAUUGACUGUGGUUUUGAACAUCCUUCUGAAGUGCAACAACAUACCAUUCCUCAAUCCAUUCAUGGUACUGACGUCUUAUGUCAAGCUAAGUCUGGUCUAGGUAAGACUGCUGUGUUCGUGUUGUCUACUUUGCAACAAUUGGAUCCAGUUCAAGGUGAAGUCAGUGUCGUCGUGCUAUGUAACGCGAGAGAAUUGGCUUACCAAAUUAGAAACGAAUACUUGAGAUUCUCCAAAUACAUGCCAGACGUUAAGACUGCUGUAUUUUACGGUGGUACUGAAUAUAAGAACGAUAUUGAUUUGCUAUCCAAGAAGGAAACCGUCCCUCAUAUCAUUGUAGCCACUCCUGGUCGUUUAAAGGCUUUGGUUAGAGACAAGCAUAUCGAUCUAUCUCACGUCAAGAACUUUGUCAUUGAUGAAUGUGACAAGGUCUUGGAAGAAUUGGAUAUGAGAAGAGAUGUUCAAGAUAUUUUUAGAGCCACCCCAAGAGAUAAGCAAGUUAUGAUGUUUUCCGCAACUCUAUCCCAAGAAAUCAGACCAAUCUGUAGAAGAUUCCUUCAAAAUCCAUUAGAAAUCUUUGUCGAUGACGAAGCCAAGUUGACUCUACACGGUUUGCAACAAUACUAUAUCAAAUUGAAUGAAAAGGAAAAGAACCGUAAGUUGGCUCAAUUGUUGGACGAUUUGGAAUUCAACCAAGUUAUCAUUUUCGUCAAGUCUACUGUCAGAGCUAACGAAUUGACCAAACUAUUGAAUGCUUCUAACUUCCCAGCCAUCACUGUGCAUGGUCACAUGAAACAAGAAGAACGUAUUGCUCGUUACAAGGCUUUCAAGGAAUUCGAAAAACGUAUUUGUGUUUCCACUGAUGUUUUCGGUAGAGGUAUUGAUAUCGAACGUAUUAACUUGGCCAUUAAUUAUGAUAUGCCAAACGAAGCAGACCAAUACUUGCAUCGUGUUGGUAGAGCUGGUAGAUUCGGUACCAAGGGUUUGGCUAUCUCCAUGAUAUCUAGUGAAGAUGACGAACAAGUCUUGGCCAAGAUCCAAGAAAGAUUUGAUGUUAAGAUCACUGAGUUCCCAGAAGAAGGUGUUGAUCCAUCUACUUAUUUGAACACUUAG